UUUCAUGAAUGGAAUGUGUUGUACCUAAAACUGUAAUGAUUGCUGAUAUUUGCAGUGCAGUUGACAAAUGAGUGAAAGAUGGGCUUAUAUUGUGAGUCUACCAACAAUAAGAGGCGGAGUAACAAUGUCAGCACCAUCCAGACCAGCCCCUCCUCCCCCCAAGAGGAUAGGGCAAGUUCAGGCAUAUGAAGCAGUUUCUAGUUACAAAGCGCAAAAGGGCAAUGAACUGUCCUUCGAUGAGGGGGACCUCUUGUUCAUCCUGGACCAGUCUGACCCAAAUUGGUGGAUGGCAAGACUGGAUGAUAAGAAGGGAUACAUACCCAGCAACUAUGUGAGCAAGGAGAAUGUGAAGAUACCCAUCAUUGAUGCAGCAAGGCGUGGCAAUCUGGCUCUGCUACAGGAGUGCCUGGAUGCAGGGAUGUCAGUCAACUCAUUGGACAAAAGCGGGUCCUCUUCACUCCAUGCAGCAGCUCAGGGAGGUCACAUUGAGUGCAUUCUCAGGUUACUGAAGGAACCCAAGUUGGAGAUAAACUGGCAGAAUAAGCUUGGUGAUACUCCUUUACACUGUGCUGCUUAUAGAGGACAUGCAGAUAUUGUGCAAUUAUUGAUCAACAGUGGGGCACGCACUGAUAUUGUGAAUAGGGAGAAGAAGACCCCACGUCUGCUCGCCAAGAGUGGAACUGUUAUCACAAUGCUAGAAGAGUGCACGCAGACUAGCAGUCGUAAAUCAUCAGGUUUUGACCACCAGGAGUACGGUGCAAAUGAUUCCGAGGAUUCUGACAGCUGAAGGUGUAGGUGAAUGGAGGAGGGAGAUGGAUUUAGAUAGUGUAAUAUCAGAAUGGUAUGAUUUUAUUUAUUCUUUUUUUCUUUUUUCUUUUUUACAUUUCUUUUUUAUAUAAAAUACAAUGGUCAUUUCUUGUAAAAAGCAAAAGGAUUUUUUUCCCAUGAUUUAUUAACAUAUAAACUUGUUGAUGGAUUUUUUGGUAGAGAAAAUUUCAACAAAGGCCCUUGAAACUCUAUCAAAAAAGUGUCACCAAAAAAGUGUCACCAUAUUCUGAUACUAAAAAACUUGUGCCUUUUGAUUUAUAAGGGGCUUUCAUAUGAACCAAGUGCCAAUUCAUUUUAUAAUUUUUAGUAAAGUCAUAUAUUUUGAUGUUAAAAAAAAAAUGUAGCUAAAGUAACAUGAGAUUAGCAAAAUAGCAAUUUAGAUUUGAUAGAAUAACAGCAAAGGCCAUGGAUAUAUAGACCAUCUUAUACACUGGACAAAAUAAGGGUUUGAUUUGUUAUGUAUAUCAUCUGUAGCAUUACAAAGGAACAGGGAAAUAUAUCACAGUCUUAUAGAUGCUGUGAUAAUUAGAAGUUCAGGGUUAGGAUUUUGAAGUUGAUGGCAGAAAGUAUUAUUAGGAAUAAGAAAAUACAGAAAACAGAGGCCUGUAGAACAUAGCUUGAUCAUGCUGAGUUUUAUCUUACAUUACACCAGUGUAUUCCUAGUUUUACGUGCAUUUCUGACAUGAGCAGAGCUGAUAUUGCCAGAAAUGAGUGUAGAGGAAUUUAGUUGGAAAUAUUAUAUUUGUGAUAUUACAAUCUUUACUGAAGAGUUUGGAGUAAAUUGAGGAAAAAAGCAGGUAGGCAUUUGAUAACAAACUUGCCUCUAGCGCUUUGCAUUAUAUGUGUUGGAAAAUGGCAUUACCAUAUUCCCAUUUUGCUGUAAGAAAAAAAGAGAGCAUUUCAUGAUAUACAUGAAAUAAAGGAUGGAAUAAUAUGGAGUAAAGGCUUAUCAGACAUGAAUGAAGUUGAGGUUUAUUAUGCAUUCAAAAGAUGUGUACAGCAAUGUCAUAUGUGAAUGGAAUUUAUUGGAAAAUGUUAACAAGGAAUAUCCUUAGAACGUAUCAUUCAUUACACAGAGGACCAUACAUGUGUGCUGGGGUAUUUCAGUAUUUAGUGAUAUUUUAGAAAGUAAGAUAUUUACAUAGUUUCAGCUGGCAUUAGAAACCCUUUAUUUUUUCUUUCAAGGAAUGUCAAUUUUAUCAAAUUAUAUGUAGGGGUCCCAGCACAGCAUUGGUGCAAAGUUUCAGGGUAAGGGAAAAAAAUUUUUUUUUUUAUUAAAAUUACUUCAUAGAAUUUCCAUAUUUAUAUGUUUGUUAGAUGGCUAUUAAUAAUUUAGAAAUGUACAACCUUUUUGUUAAAAGAUUAGUUGAUAUGAUAAAGUUCAUACAAUUUGUACAUGAUAGACAUGAUAUUUUAAAAUGAUAACAAAAUCAGUCAUAAAAGACAGGCCAUCUAUAUAACACUUACAUAGUCACCUAUAUUCAUUUUGCAUAGCAGUAUAAGAUACUCUUAUUUACAUUUUUUUUCACUGUUUCUCUUACCUUCCUAGUUUUCUGAAGUAAUGUUAAUAUAUCAAUAUCCCCACAUCACUUCAAAUCCCCAGUUAGUCAUUCACAGUUCUGAUUGUGGCCUGGAAUAGCAUUACUCAUACAUUCCAAACACUAAUUCCUCCCCUGUACAGAUUUUGUAUAAAGUUCAUGUCUCCUUUCCGAUGUUUAAACCGUGGAGAACCAAAGGUUCUUUCAUCAAAAUUAGAGACUUAUUCUAUCAUCUUGAAGUUCAGAUUACACUAUUCAACUUGAAAGAACAUUAACUUGACUCUGCCAGCAAAUUGUGCUGGAUUGUAAUCCUGUUUAUGGCCUAAGACUUUAUACCUUCAACAUGUAUUACUUGAUAUUGUAGGGAAUACAUGAUCAGCAUCAUACAUAUAUCAGUUGAGGCAAGCAAAGUAAUGAUCACCAGAGCCAAACUGAACACUGCUCCAGCAUACAUUUUGGUUGUCUCUACUGUGGUUUCAUAUAAUGUGCCUAUGCUCAUCAGGACUUUUCUUCAGCAUAAAAGUGGACUUUGGAAAAUUUAUGCAUACCUUUGACCAUCAUCAUCUCUGAGUUCCCUCAGACAUUUGAGUGUAUUACCCAAAUGGCAGCCUUUGCUUUUGUUGGUGUAUCGUUAUAACCUCAGGACAUUCUUUAAUUUUGAUGGAUUUGGUAAUUUUGGAGAGAAGAAUAAACAGUCUAUUUCCAGUUGAAACCACACUACAUUCCCAGGUCAACAUUUUGGAAAUACAUAUACUCACACAUGUACACACAUGCAUAUUCACACAUAUGCACUUGCACAUCCACAUUCACAUUCACAUACCUGCACUUGCACUCAUGCACCCAAACCCCACACCCCCAUACCCCCACACCCCCAUACCCCCACACCCCACACACAUGUUAGCACAUGAAAACAGGAAGACCUUAUGAUAUAGAUUUGUAUGUAAUAGAAUUGAUAAGAAAGGAAAUUGUGAUGAGCAUAGUUCCAUUUUAGGCUCUAGAGUGUUUUCUUCUUCUUUUAAAAGGCUCAUGUUGACGUGAAGAAGUGUUUAGGAAAGGGGUUGGGGAGGGCUAGACCAGGUGUUGUGCUGUUGUGUCAUGACUGUUGCAAAUGGAAGGUAAAGUCUGGGUGGUCAGUGGAUAAUGCUGCACAAGGAUUGCAUGAUGACAGGGCUUCCAUAUUCAUGUAAUUUUGAGUAAUCAUUAAUGUUGAUUUCAAAUUGAGGAAACACAAAAACUUGAUCUAUUAUUGUUAUGCAUCCUGUAAAUGCAUGAGGUACCCUUGAGCCAGGAUAAAGCUUUCUAACACAUUUGCAUUUAUUUGAGUCAAGAAUUUUUAAAGUCACGGGUCCUUCAGUGAGGUUGUUUCUUUCCAAAUUGGAAUUGCAUGUGGAAGAUACAGACGGUAUGAACUUCACUGGUUGACAGAGUACUGCCUGCUUAGCUGUAAUAUGGUGUUUGUUACUUAAAAAAAGUUUUAUUUGUAGAAUUACAUAUUAAAAACAUAUAUUUGAGAAUAUGAUAUGAUAUUGGAAGUAAGUCAUUUGUAUAUUUAUAUAUAUAUUUUUUUUUUAAGAAGUUGCUAGUCUGCUGUCUUUUAAAGGAACAGGAAAGCAUGUUUUAUAGGAUAAUUAAAUUGUGUAAAAAGGGAUCUUAGAAGGCACGAUGUAGGCAUAGGUUUGUGUCUAUCAAUGGUGCCACUGCCUGAGGCAAGUCAGUAGUGGCACAUGCCAAAGCAAAACUCCUUUCCAGUGUGUGUGUGUGUGUGUGUGUUUGGAGAGGAUUAGCCACAAGAACCAUGCCAUUUUCCUAUGCAUCACUCUAGUCUGUUUCUUGAGCUCUGGCAUAAAAUUAGGUCAGUGAAGCUUUGUAACAUCCAAAAUUUUCUCAACAAGCAUUUUAUUUAUAUUUUUUAAUAGGAAACAUGAAUCCAGAGCAAGUCAUGGAGUAAAUGUUCCCAAACCAACAGUUGUUUUUUCCAGUCUAUGAAAUGAAUUAUAAUUGUUAAUAUGUUUGUCCAUAUAAUAUGUUGAAUAUGCUACAACAGGAUAGACAGUUAUUCAAGGUCUAUACUGUUCAUUGUCUAUUAUCUAGUUAGAUUUCCAGAGUGGUAACUGGGCACCUCUUUACCACUCACCACCAGUGACCUUGGCUGUUGAUGCAGCAGUUCAUUUUAGGUGAGCAUUCUUUCCUGUAUAGUAGAUACUUGUUAUUUUUCAAAUUUCAAAGUUAAACUUUUUGAUGCCAAGGAGAAUUGUGCCUUAUAGGAGUGUGUUCACUGUGAUGUUCGGAGAUUGGAUAAAUCUGUUUGUGUAUCAUCAGAGUGCUUGGAAUUUAUCUGCUUUUUCUAGAUUCAUUAUCAACUCCUGAAGGACAAGAUAGUGUGAGCAUAGGUUGAGAAAAAAAUAGGCCAAACAUGUUGUAAUAAAUAAACAGAAAAUUGAAGUAAAAAAAAAAAAAAAAAUUCUUCUGUGUACCACACAGAUCUGAGUAUGACUAUGCUCAGAACAGAAGAAAGCAAGACACGAAAAUCAGUAUUUUUACCGCCUUGCUCCCUAGAUAGUGAUCAUCCAAAGUAUGUAAGUUGCCAUAGUAAGUCCUCCAGGAGUUAAUUCCAGUUUAUGCAAUAUGCUUUUUUUCUAUCUUUCUUUCUUUAAUGUAAUAUUUUCUGUGAAUUUUUUGCACUUCCAGUAGGUUGUGAUUUUAUGUGCAUUAUGCUGAUCCAACAGAUAUUUUUUAAAUUGUAGGAAACACAGAAAAUGUUCACUAAACCUGCAGAAUUUAUAUGUGUAUCAUUAAUGGAUUUGUUAAAGAUGUGUAUUAAUGUGAAAUUUACAUCUGAAACAUCCAUUUUGUGCCUUAUGUAAAGGUGUUGCUAGGCUGUAGCAUGUCAUUGAAAGUGCCUCAUCUGUUUAUGAUUAGAGUAUUGAAGUGGGGAGUACAGAAAAUAAGAAAAAUGUAAUUUUCACAGACAUUGAAAAACUUGGUUCUUUGUAUGCAUUCCAUAUUUUAUAUACUGUAUCAAUGUAAAUUUUUUGUAAUUUAAUAGUCAAAGAUUGAGAGUUUUCUACAUCGGUUAACAUUUAUGCAAUUAUAUUCUUUAGCAAAUGAAUUAUUAAACUGUUUGAAAGUUGUAUUCUUUGAAUAUGGUUCUUCAGCUGUUGUGCUUGGCUAUUCAUUAUCUAAACCAAAGAAAAAAGUAAGUCAAGUUUUGUGAAAUGCAUGAAGGUGAAACCAUUUCUAUGCAUCUCUUAAUUAUGUAUUUUUAUAGUCUGGAAUAAAAUAUAAAGUACAA